AUGGCAGGUAUGUUUAGCUUCCCCCCCUUCCUCUCCUCCACCAUUCACCCCACUUCGUUUAGCCCAUUAAUGCCAAUAUAAAAUGAAGGCCAUGUCGUUCUUCUUGUUCGCAGGUGCCCAUGACUCCUGGCUCGUCGAAUGAAAGUCCUAAUUAUCUUCUGUCUCGUGCAGCUUGCCUUUGCAACACCCAUAACCAAGCGAGCUGCAUUCGACCCAGCAGGCGCGUACCAGUCGGCGUUGAACGCAACAUGGUCCACGUUUUGGAAUGCCCAGUACCAGUCUUUCAACUCAUAUGACCCUUCAUGCAACCCGGCAUUCAACUACGCUGUGGUAUGGGACGCUGCUGUUGCUGCGAAAGCAGUUGUCGAUUCGAAAGAUGUCGACAAGACAAAUCUCGUGAUACUGAGCUUGUACAAGUACCAAAACCCACAAGGCUGGUUCACGAGUUCUCCCGGCGGGAAUGAAAUCUACACAGACGAUAAUGCGCAGGUUUUAUGGGUGUUUUUGGAAGCAUGGCUGUUGACGAAUAACCAAACGCUACUCACUACCGCUACAAACUUGAUGCACUUGAUCCAGUCGCAAUGGUCGUCCGUGGGCGGAGUCACGUGGAAAGUCGGCUCCUCGUACAUCGCCUCGAUAUCCACGGCCGAGGCAGCGUUCUCCGCGGCAAAGCUCUACCAGUAUGUGAAUGACGCCAGUUUGCUCACGUUUGCUACCAGCUGUCUUGCGUGGUUGGACCAGCAUUUGACCGACCCACUGGAUGGAUUCUAUUACGACGGAUUAAGCAAGGAUACGUGGCAAGUCAACAAAGGCAAGCUUACAUAUACAGUUGGCGCUGCCAUCUCGGCCUAUACGUACCUUUACAAAGCCACGGGAAACGCGUCGUACUUGAACAUUGCCAUGAGCAAAGCAACUGCAACAUUAACAAAACCGACAUUCUUGAACUCCAACGGCGCCUGGAACAAUCCGCUUUGUUAUGUCCAUUUGUUGUUUGCAGGGUUUGCUGACCUAAUCACCAUUGGACACGUUGAAGGUUACAACCCGUCUUUAUUCACGCAGGCGAACUUUGUAUACUUGUUUGACCAGCUUGGCCGCAGUGGACACUAUGCUUCAUCGUAUACGCUGGUAAAGAGCCUGUUUGCAAACUAUGUCCUGAUUGCUGGCAGCUCAAGCGGUGUGUCGUACGCUUAUGAUGCAGGCAACUACUGCAGCGGCAACGAAAACCAACCGUUGAGGACCGCUUUGACCGAUGGGUCGGCAGCUCAAAUUUUCUAUUCGAUUUCGAAACUUACUUGA